CGCACCUCCCCUUUGGGUGCGUAAUCACGUCAUCAUUCUGCGUCACCGGCUUUAGAGCUCUGUGGAACGGGAGGAAUAAACGAAGAGUUUGCCGGGUGUUCCGGGUCAACACUUGAUCCCAAGGCCAAAGUCUCCAUGAACGGCAGCAUGGCCGCCUCGCAGGACAGGAUCAUGUUGGGGCCGCUUGUGGCGGCGAUCGACCAGGGCACGAGCUCCACGCGUUUCCUCGUCUUCAACGCAAAGACCGCCGAGCUUCUCAGUCAUCACCAGGUUGAGAUCAAGCAGAGUUUCCCUAAGGAAGGAUGGGUGGAAGAGGACCCAAAGGAGAUUCUGCAGUCUGUGUACGAGUGCAUGGACAAGACCUGCGAAAAGCUCACCCAGCUAAACAUCGACAUUUCCAACAUCAAAGCCAUCGGUGUGACCAACCAGAGAGAGACAACAAUCGUUUGGGACAAGGAAACAGGAGAGCCGCUCUAUAAUGCCAUCGUGUGGCUGGACCUGCGGACUCAGUCCACGGUGGAGAGGCUCAUCAACAAAACCCCCGGAAGAAACAAGAACCACCUGAAGCAUAAGACCGGCCUUCCCAUCAGCACCUACUUCAGUGCAGUGAAGCUGCGCUGGCUGAUGGAUAAUGUGGACGAGGUCAGCGAGGCCAUCCACUCACACAAAGCCAUGUUUGGCACCGUCGACUCCUGGCUCAUAUGGUGUCUAACUGGUGGGAAGAAUGGAGGGGUUCACUGCACAGACGUGACCAACGCCAGCCGCACAAUGCUCUUCAACAUUCACACUUUGGACUGGGAUCCUGAACUCUGCUCAUAUUUUGGCAUUCCAAUGGAGGUUCUGCCCAAAGUCAGGAGUUCUUCUGAGAUUUACGGUCUAAUGAAAAUAAGCUCUAGUGUGAAGUCUGGCUCUUUAACUGGAAUUCCCAUAUCAGGCUGUCUUGGAGACCAGUCAGCAGCUCUUGUGGGGCAGAUGUGCUUCCAGGAUGGUCAGGCCAAAAACACGUAUGGGACUGGCUGUUUCCUGUUGAGGAAUACAGGCCCCAAGCCGGUGAUGUCAGACCAUGGCCUCUUGACAACAAUAGCUUACCAACUUGGUCGAGACAAACCAGCGUGUUAUGCACUAGAGGGUUCUGUUGCCAUAGCGGGGGCAGUUGUGCGCUGGCUGAAGGAUAACCUGGGCAUCAUCCAGACCCUCUCAGAGCUUGAGAAACUGGCGGCAGCAGUGGGAACGUCCUAUGGAUGCUACUUUGUUCCAGCGUUUUCUGGUCUCUAUGCCCCUUACUGGGAGCCCAGUGCUCGAGGAAUAAUCUGUGGUUUGACUCAGUUCACCAACCGCAGCCACAUAGCCUUUGCAGCUCUGGAGGCCGUGUGCUUUCAGACCAGAGAGCUGAUGGACGCCAUGAACCAGGACAGUGGGAUCCCCUUGACUCAGCUGCAGGUUGAUGGGGGGAUGACCUCAAACAGGCUGCUCAUGCAGCUGCAAGCAGAUAUACUUUGCAUCCCUGUUGUGAAACCCUCCAUGCCGGAGACGACCGCGCUAGGCGCUGCAAUGGCAGCUGGAUCAGCUGAGGGGGUCAGCGUGUGGAGCCUCAACCUCGAGGACCUCAGCGAGGUCACGUCGGAGAAGUUUGAGCCGCAGAUCAAUCCCGAGGAGAGCGAGUUUCGCUAUGCACGCUGGAAGAAGGCCGUGCAGAAGUGCAUGAACUGGGAGACCACUGAGCCUGUCGGAAAUGGAAAUGAGGAGCCUAAUAUCUUCAGUAGUAUUCCUCUGGGCUUUUACAUUCUUGGUAGCAUGUUUAUGUUAAUCGGAGCUAAGUACAUUGCAGGGCACAAGUAGGCUGAUGGAAGAUGGAAGAUGGAAAUGGCCAGUAGGGGGAGCACAUGCGCUCUGUUUGCUUCGCAGAUGUAGUUGCCUUGUACACAUACUGCCUACUG